ACGUCCGGCGGCCGGGGCGGCAGGGGCGACGGCGUCGGGUAGUGGCUCCGGGUCUGGCCGAGAGCUGGCCGGUGUCCCAGCUGCCUUCCCGCGCUGGCUGGGACUCGCCCCCCGCUCGCUCGCUGGCCCCGUCGGUGCCCGCCGGCCUGUCAGCGGCCCGGCCCGGCUUCCGCCUCCUCCCCGGACCUCUCAGUGUGAACCCGGGUGUGCUCCCACUCCUGGAGAAUGAAACAUGACUGAGGAUUCUCAGAGAAACUUUCGUUCAGUAUAUUAUGAGAAAGUGGGGUUUCGUGGAGUUGAAGAAAAGAAAUCGCUGGAAAUCCUCCUGAAAGAUGACCGCCUGGAUAUUGAGAAACUUUGCACUUUCAGCCAGAGGUUCCCUCUUCCAUCCAUGUACCGAGCGUUGGUAUGGAAGGUGCUCCUAGGGAUCCUGCCUCCACACCAUGAGUCUCAUGCCCAGGUGAUGAUGUACCGCAAGGAGCAGUACUCUGAUGUCCUUCACGCUCUGAAAGUCGUUCGCUUCGUCAAUGACGCUACACCUCACGUUGAAGUCUAUCUCCGCAUGUACCAGCUGGAGUGUGGGAAGUUGCCUCGAAGCCCAUCUUUCCCACUGGAGCCAGAGGAUGAAGUAUUUCUUGCCAUUGCUAAAGCCAUGGAAGAGAUGGUGGAAGACAGUGUCGACUGUUACUGGAUCAUCCGAUGCUUCGUGAACCAGCUAAACAACAAGUACCGGGAUUCUUUACCCCAGCUGCCAAAGGCUUUUGAACAAUACUUGAAUCUGGAAGAUAGCAGACUGCUGACUCAUCUAAGAGCGUGUUCGGCAGUGUCCAAGCUUCCUUAUGAUCUCUGGUUCAAGAGGUGCUUCGCAGGAUGCCUGCCUGAAUCCAGUUUACAGAGGGUUUGGGAUAAAGUUGUAAGUGGAUCCUGUAAAAUCUUAGUUUUUGUAGCUGUGGAAAUUUUAUUAACUUUUAAAAUAAAAGUAAUGGCACUGAACAAUGCGGAGAAGAUAACGAAAUUCCUGGAAAAUAUUCCCCAGGACAGCUCGGAUGCCAUCGUGAGCAAGGCCAUCGACUUGUGGCACAAGCACUGUGGGACACCGGUGCAUUCAGUCUGAGCCUCCUGAUGGUUGGGGAUGGUCUGUCCCCUGGGCACUUUGUUCUUGUCACCAGUCUACUAAGCUGAUUGGAACAGUUGUCUUGCUCUGGUGCUCAACGUGAAAUUUUUUUCCCCAGUAAAAUAAUUUAAUGAAAAAA